UCAUUGCUGUGCAGUAAGGCAGUGGCACAAGAAGCAGGGGAACAGAGAGUGAGAUCUGCAGAAGGUCCAAGUGCUAGGGCAAAGGACUCACACUCCAGUAUUGAUGAAACCUAAUCGUGUGUCGGUUCCCAGGAUUCUUCCAGAAACCCCAGGACCUUCCCAGUGAUCAAGACGAUAUCCGGGGCUCGGGAUAAUGGCCCUGUGCUUCAGACAGCAUUUUGGGUGCUGAGCUACCCCUUAAAACUGAAAUACACACAUUGGCGCCAAUGCUGACAAGCCAGAACAAGUGCACAGAGAGAGAGAGAGAGAGAGGAAGUCGGGGAUAGUUAUCAGCACCAUGGUAUUUGAGGCUGUGAGUGCAUGACUUGGUGCGGCAAUAUGAAUUUUCAGGAUUCAGAGAGCAGGAGUGAGACAGUGAGCCUUGACCCCAGGGAAUCUUUACACUCAGGUCUGUACAAUGGGCGCUUGCUGGUAGCGCUUCCGUACACAUCUAGAGCUGAGCGCAUGGAACAAUGUUUAAGAAAACUCCAGAACUUUGGAAUCCAGGUCCCGCUGGAGCAGUGCAGGGAUUGCCUACAAGUCACGGCUCUUAUUCCUGAGCUCCGCAGAUACAUCUUCUUCAGCUCUCGGGGCUUUGGAAUGAUCCUGGCUCUGAUACUGUACAUUUCCAUUUGGAUCAAUCUCUACUCCACAACACAGAUGUUCUCAGGUAGUCAGAACUGGGUAUUCAGCAUACCCAUUACUCUGGCUGCUGCUGCUGUGACAGCUGCUGUUAUCCUGGUGAUCAACCGACAUCAUAAGCGGAUAAACAUGAACACAGAUGUCAGACUGGCAGUGGCCAACGAGAUCUUCAUGGAGCACAAUGUCCUACUGGGGAUAAGUGACCGGUCACGAAAAUGUCACAUGGUCCCUUCUCUGUGUUUCAUUUACUUCCAUCUUAGUGGCUGUCAGCACAGGCUCUCCCAACACUUGGCAAGCAUGAGCAAGGAAGAUAUCAGACAGUGUCUGGACCACCUUUUUAUCAUCAUAGAGACUCCAGCUGACCCGGAACUAACUCAGGGGAGACCUGCAGAACCCACAGCUGAAGACACCCCAUUGUUGCCUGACAGAACCCGGGAAAAGCCCAUACUCUGCAGCAAAAAGGUUCCCCUUAUCCAUGAGAAUGAACCACAGCUGGAAAUGGCUCGGCAACUCCUGGUUGUAUCAAGUGCAUGUUACGUGCGCCUCCUGAUCACAGGGCUCCUGCCACAUGGCAGUGAAACAGGACAUACUGGGCUCAUAAAUGUUCCUUGCCCGUGCCAGUUCAUAGAGAGCACCAUACUGCAGCCUGGACGGUGUUCCAUGUGGAUCUGAAGAAAAAGCUGGAAGGAGAAACGGACAUAACUUAUUUGAACGGCUGGCUAGGGCUCAUGGGUUAGUGCUGAAAGGGCUUUAUAACAACAGUGGGGAACCUCUAAAACUGAAGUGCUGCACUGCAAACUUUUGCAAAGUUUAUACAAUUAAAUCUGUCCAGUAUACUGGAAAUCAGUUGGAAAAUUAUCAUUACUGUGGCAUUCUACUCUCUGUAGCAGGGGCUACUCAUAUGUGGAAGUUGCUGGCAUCCAACAAGUAUUUUGGUCGGUUAAAGCAAAGUCAGCCAUCACCAUGGAUGGAGAAUGGAGCUCUCUGGAUGGACAAGCCACCAUUCCCUGUACUCUUUUUAUAUAUGUGUAUUUUGUGAAUUGCCUUUUUUAGAAGACUUAUGAUUAAAGUUCUCGGUGCCUUCAGAGAUAAUCUAACUAUGACAAAUGUAGAAAUAUAUUAAAAGACACCUGCAAAAGUAGCAGUCUGCUGCAA